AUGGAAGAUGUCCCGGAACUAGAGAGAGAUGAGGAAGAAGAAAAGAAAGAAGAAAACACACUGGAUUCCUUGCUGGUUGAAAACCUAUGACUGGUUUCCCCAAGGGCUAUGUGAUUAUCAUUAUUUGCAUUUUUUCAUUUUUACAUCAACAUUAGACAUACUCGGCACAGAAGUAGAACAACAGUUGACUAGUUAAAAGCUGAUAGAGCCAGUAGCCUGUUGAAGCGUCUUACACAAGCCUCAUUCACUUGUGCACUUGUCAUGUGGAAUUGUACUUUUUUAAGUGUUGCAACUAGUGUAGCAGUUCAGUUUUUUUAAGAAAACUAUCAGCAAUGGUUGACAGACAGGUAAUUGACAGUGAACAAUAGUCAAUUUUAGUCAGGAACUGACAGUGAGCUUAUUUAUAAUGGAAGUGAAAUAUAUUCAGUUAUCAGUAAUAAUAAUGAUAAUAAUAAUAAUAAGGUCAAUACAGAUAGUGACCUCUUGGUUUGUGCCAAUUGCAGCUGUCCUUCUGUUGAGACUGGGGAUCAAAGAGGAACCAAGAAGCAACUGAAAUACUUUUUGUGGUCGAUACACCCGUAUGCGGGUCAUCCCCCAAAAGGCUUUUUGUAUUUGUGUCUAUUUUUGUUUUUAUUUUUGUUGCUGUAUUCAUUAUUUGUUGCAAUGAUACUCAGAAUGGCUAUUACAACAUACAAUGCACACAAGACAACAUGACUGGACAACAAAUAAAUAACUGAUAGGUGUUAUUUAGUUAAUCACAUAAUUUAGUAAGUUAAUAUAUAUACCCAAGUGUGAUAAUGUUUUUGUGGUCUAUUAAUGGUCAACUUAUAGACAACAUAGUAGAACUUGUAACCAACAAAAACCAGCAGAAGUCUGUUGGGGCUGAAGAAAUAUAGCUUGUGGGAUUUAAUGUUCAUUUUAUUAUUUAGUAUUAUGUGUGAAAUGGUGUGAUAGCUCUCAGCUGCUGCUUGAGUGAGCUCCACCUUUUGGAAUGGGCAAAAUAAAAUUUGAAGAGACAGAAGUUUCUUUUGGUCGAUUGGGAAAAAAUCCUAAUAGAAACUUUGUUUAAAUUAUUUUUUUUGGUUAUUGAUUUUCUUUAAAUACUUUUUGUAGACAGGUUACAGGAGUUAAAAUCUAAAACUGACAACUGUUUGCUGUCUUUACUUUGAUCACCUCUGCAUCUAAUGCGUUUGUAUAAAGACAAGUAGGAUGACUAAUUGCUUACUGACUAACCAAACAUAGAGUUAACAAUGAACAUUAAUACUGUAGCUUAACAUCGCAGAUACUAGUUCAACUUAACUGUACUAAGCUGUUUGUUGGCGCAGACCAUAAGAGGUUCAAGACGCCACCAGCUAAAUGAAGAUGAUGAUGAUGAAGAAGAUGAUGAUGAAAGAAGAAGUUUCCCGCUGGUCGAUAACUGGUUAUCCCACGUGUGGGCUUCAAAUUUCUUGUUCCUAUGUGUGCCAACUGGCUGUACACAUUUCGGGAUUCAAGAAUCUUUAAAGACGAGACAGGACAAGAAAGUAUACAGACUAGACAGCCUCUAUGGAUCCAUUUGUGUGUAUGCUUGUGUACUUUGUUUUUGA